GCACAAGGGAGCCCAACCAAAUUGUGCCAUGAAGCGGAGACUUGCACCAACGGACACAGAAGCGGAGGAGCAGAGAAAGGGCAUCAUGCACGACCUUGGCGUAUGGGCAGCUACAUGGACGGUAUACAUCGACCUAGACGAGACCAGGAAACAAGCUAAUUGGAAGAUGUGGUGUGAACCGUACAUGGAAAGCUACCUGCGACAACCAGAACAAGCAGCACUACGACAACUACUCAAAGCAAGAUACCAGGUCCGAAGCACGAGCCAGAUCGCGAAAGACCUGUGUGAUAUGCAAUGGAGAUCAUCCAAGAAGAAUCGGAAAGACGUGUACGAGUAUUCCCUCACCCUUACGGGCUGGGAAAGAGAAGCAUACAUAUCCCACUGGUUCGACAGCGUAGCGGACAUCAAGGCCAAGUUCCGCGAAUUGUUGCAAGACCGAACACCCACUUUCGACCAGGAAAUGCCUGAACAUUAUGAAGACAAUGAGGAGGACCGACCAGCAGCCAUACAUGUGGUGGCCCACGAGAUCUACAAGGCCAGCCUGCCGAGCGACAACACGGGCUUCAUUGAAGGCACAGACCAUAUCGGGUUCUAUGGCACCGUAGAUGGAGAACAAUGUGUACCUGCUGCCGAACAUGCAGGACUCUUCUGGGCACCAGCGCUGACGCGAGGCCCCUUAUUGAUCACCACGGACUGCCAGAUGGUGAUGAAUGGCUGGACCCUCAAGUACUACGAGCAGCCCCAAGGUGCUCAGCGACCAUGGUGGGAAAGGGUAAAACUGAUGCUCAGCAGGCGUUCUGGCGGGGUUUUUGGAAUACGAGUCCAGAAGUGCCUAGCCCACCUCGACGGCGAAGCUGUUAAGCAGGCUGGCCAGGAAUUCCACAUCAGCAUGGGCAAUGAGAUGGCGGAUACGCUGGCGCAGCGAGGAGCAGAAGAGGCAAUGGCAGAAAUACGGCAAGAGGUCAAGGCGUUGGUGGAAGUGGAGACUACGCUUAUGAGGGCCCAAAGGAGGGCAGCAGCGAUCAUCCACGAGGUGUGCAAGGAUGCGGACCCCACCAAGCUUGAGAGGCCCAAGCAGAUGCCUAAGAAAAUAGCAAAGGAAAGAAGAGACCAGAUCGAGAAGGAGUCGGGCCACAUAAUGCGAAAGAAGAAAGGGCAAUGGGUAUGCCAAGAGUGCUGGCUAACCCCAGGCAAGUACAACGUGGUCGAUUGGAUGAAGGCUAGCGUGUGCAUCGGGAGGCAGUACGAAACACACCGAGCAAAUCAUGGACAUGCAGUCCGUGUUCCCAACAACGAGCUGAUCGAGAUCAAAGACAAAGUAAUACACGACAGUCACAGCAUUGCAGUGGCCCAUGGGCAGUUCUGGUGCUGGAACUGUGCUGCUGUGGCUUCGCACAACGAUUACGGACACGGCAGGGUGAACCUACUGGCGAUGGAGUGCAGGAACAAGAUCACGCAGAGCGGGCUGGCCAGAAUUGGCCAGAUGGGACGAUCCCGCCAAACGGCGGGCGGCUACCACGAGUUGCAGCUGGGCGACGACCUCGUGGUUGACUUCAUGGCGCGGGGCUACGGCCCCGCAGAGAUACUCGGGCCUGGAGUGCCAGUGGGGUGGACGCCCGCCCUGUUCAGGGGCUACUCUGGCCUGGAGUGCCAGUAG